CUGUGCUAAUUUACAAGAUUAGGUUGAUGGGUAACAUUGCCUGAUCUCUUGGGGCUACCACUGAAGGAGCAAAUUAGUCUUGUGCCUAUUUAUAUGUACCUGUAGAAGCAAAUUGCUAAUUUUGGACUCUUCAUCUUCUGCAGGUAGUUGUCUCUGAUGUCCAGUCUCCCACCCUGUCCUGUUCUGUGUGAAUGCUCUUAUUUUUUAAUGUUCUGUGGAUGGUGCAUAAGCAAUUUUAUUAGUAUUAGAUGAUUUAUAAUUUAGUCUUUGAAGUUGUGUAACGCUUCCAUCUCCUCUGUUGAUUCAUCUGGACAUUAAUUCCUAUUAGUAGGAACUUCCAUCCCUCUUGAACUUUUGCAUUUUCUAUGUAUAUCCGUGUCUGACUUUCAUCUAUGCCAUUUAAUUCAUCUAGUUCCACACGUAUCUGAAACAAAGUGAUUCAGAAACAGAACGACCCAUAAUAGAGGAGAUAAUGCCAGGCAGUCUUUGUCGAGUACUUAAUAGUACAGAAUUGGAUCCAUUGUUCUGUGUGCUUGUUCUUUGUGUUUUAUGUGAGGGGAAAACAUAGACAAACAGUGCUUAGAGCAGCAGAUGUCAUCAAGACAUACAGCUGUGCUGUCCAGCCUCCACUCUAGUUUGUAUUAUUCUGAUAUUAUUAUAGCUUCACAGUUUGCAACUUAGAUAGUUACUUUUUUACACUCAUUGCAGCUUCAUACAAGUAUUAAACUUGUAGAGCACAUUAUGGCAGGUUACUCUGAAGGUUAAAUUAACCAUCGUUACAAUUUAGGAAUAAAUAUGUUUGUUACGUUUUAUUGAACUACUGAUCCACUUGAAGUGAUGUAGUUUAGAUAAUAAGGCGUACCCUCAAUUUCUUUGAAACUUUCACAAUUAACUGUUCUUUUGAACUCUGGUCUGCUGCUUAGAACAUUCUUAUUGAUACAGAUGUACUUACAACCUGAGAACUGCAUAAAUUGCUGAAUAUUUACCUAAGGUUUUAAAUGUGAUCUGGGAAAUUAAAUCAAUAUUAAUGCAAAGUUGGGCAAGUGAGCAUUUCAGAUUCCCAACCAGGUCUUGUUUACCUGGUGAUGGCUCUGGGAAACAUGAAUGGGUUACUAGUGUUGGAAGUGUGAUCUAGAAGCAGGUGUCCUCUGUAAUACAAGCCAGUAGUUCUUUUUGUACACAAAGGUAAACAGUCACUUAAACUUGAUAUAUUUUAGAGUCCUACUUAUAAGAUUAAGCAUUUUUGCUGCUUUGUGUUUUGGCUGCUGUUGUAAAGCUAGCUAACAACUGAACAUGAAUGAGAACAGUGGUUAAGGAAACUAAACUCAACUGUCCCAGCUGUUAGGUCAGUGGAGUUCUGUAAUAACUAAUUGGCUUUUACCAGGUAGAAUAUUUAAUUCGGCAUGACUUGAGCAAAGAUUAAAAGUCCUCAGUAUAUGGACUUGCCUUGAAACUGCUGCCAGAUGUGAAGUGUUUCAGGAUUGAUGUAGCAGCUUUUUGCAGAAUGUGAUACUGAUGAACAUGACUGAAUUGUGGAAAAUAUAUGCUUUGUUGAUGGAUAGGGGUUUUUUAAAUCAAUAUAGUUUACUCCUAUUUGCAGAAGGUUAGGCCAGAUUUAGAAGCGGUUAAAUAGACUGUACCACUUUCGGCAAAUCGCACUGUAUCAUUGGGAUUCUCAGCCAUCUGUUUGAGUUGUAACGUGUCAUGCUACUCUUCAUGUACUGCACCACCGAGGAUACUGCAGUUUGCUUAAUUUUUUUUUAAGAGCUACCGUUUAUGGUCUACUUCUGUCUGUACUAUCCUAAGGAGGAAGAAUCUUGCUGUCUGGAGUUUGAGGAAAACGUUUAAUCAGAUACUAUUUCAAGGACAGGGAUAAGAAUCAUAGGACAGUAUAGGAACACUUCUCAUGUGGAAAAGGCACCAACAUUUCUUUUGAAAUGUCUAGAAAUAGCAAAAGGCAGAUAAACACUCAGCAUGUGAGAAGUAAAUUUAUGAAUACACUUGUGAGGUAACCUGUGCUCCUUUGCAUAUGUUGGCUUCCAUGGGAGUUGUCUUUGGAGGAGUCAAAGGCAGACAGACUGCAGAUGUGUUUUUUCACAGGAGGGUAAAGUUUCACAAUUUCAACCCUGAGGAGUAAGUCUGAAUAUAAUUUCUGCAAGUGUUGAGAUGCAGUUCAUUAGCAAAAGCAUAAUUUUUGAAUUUAAGAAAUCUGAGUAAUCAGUUCCUGACUCAUUUUACAUUCAUAUGAGUACUGUGUUCUUAAGGGAGUACCUCUUAUAUUUAUAAUUGCAAGAAUAUAUCAUAACAAAUUAUAAAAGGGACUGUAGUUUUCUAAAGAGGGAUGGGAGGUGUAAAGAAAAGGUUGCAAAAACUAGGAUAACAACUUGUUUCCUCAUUUUGCUGAUGCAUAGUCAGACCAAAGCACUGAGUAAAUAUUUGUAUGUGUGAAUCAUAUUUAUGUUACACCCGUAAUGACCUGUGCCUGUUUUGCAUGAGUUCCUUGCUUCUGUGAGAAAAAAUGAUCAGUAUGUCCUUGUACAGGAUACAAAGAAUGGAGUCAAAACCCUCAAGAAUUCCUCGCAGGAUAUCUCUUCAGGCUUCCAGCUCUCCUCUAGGAUCUAGAACUGGAAACAGUUUAUCUGGUGCAUAUAGUACAAGAGAAUCUUCAUGGAGAUUAGAAUCUGGAUACCAGGAAUCCAGGGUAUUGAAUAGUUCCAGCAGAGACUGGAGAAUUGGAGAAAGGGACACCCGUGAAACUCCUUGGAAGCUUCCAGCGUCGUCUCCAACUCACUACUCAGGGACACUUGAUCACCCUCAUUCUGGAAGAUUUUUGGGAAGCAGAAGCAGAUUGUCUACAUCAUCUUCCUCUCAUUUCACAUCUGGGUGUUAUGGUGAGUCUGAGAGAACUCAGGGAGCAUAUUCAAGACUGCAUAGCCAGCAGCAAGAUAGUGAUUCAAAGAGACCUAAACUAUCUUGUACAUCUACCUCUUCUGUGAGAAGUAAUGGCUUGACUGCCUUUUCAGAGUCGUCAUGGAGAUGCAGUAGGAUUCCUAGAUCUUCAUCAGUAAUGCUUGGCUCCCUUGGAACGGAUCUGGUGAGAGAGCGAACACGGUUAGAAAGAAGAACAGAACUGUCUGUUAAUAACCUGGUGGAUCCCAGCUACAGAAACAAUGACUUUUCACCUUCAGCAUAUCAUCAAGAUAGGCCUGCGUCUUCAUAUGCAGAGGGAGCAAGACCAAAAGAGAACUCAUUAAGCACUUUGAGGCUGAAUGUACCUAUGAACCGCCAGUUGCCUUCUGAUCAUCAGCCGUCUUUUUUCAGCAGAGACUCUAACAUGAGCUCUUCAAGAUCCAGCUAUCCUUCAAGACAAAGGAGAAAUGAAUUGGAAUCUCCCCAGAGGAGUGUGCAGCCAGCAUUUUCUCUUACUGCCAUUAGAGAUGAAACCCCUUCCUCAAGUGGUUCUGAAAGGGUUUUAUCUUCUCAGAGGUCACUGAAUGAGUCGGCAGCUGACAGUGAAGGGAGGCGCACAACCAGACAGCUGCUGUCUCGUUUAGCAUCUAGUAUGUCUUCUACAUUUUUCUCUCGAAGGUCUAGCCAAGACCCAUUGCAUACAAGAUCGUUAGGUUCUGAAGAGUCAACGGUGGUCCCAAGAGUUCAAGCUACUACUCUGUCAAGUAGUAAUGGAGCUGCAACUCCUGAAGUUCCAGGACUUCAGUCAUCCGAAGCUUCUCAGGGGUUUAGUUUUCUUGGACGAAGAUGGGGUUUAUCAGGAGUUUCACAAAAUCGCAGCUCUGAUUCUGAUGGGGAAAGUUACAGACCAGACACUGAAAAUAGGAGCACAGGAUCCUGGUUGUCGUCUUCUUUGAGGAACAGAUGUACACCUCUCUUCUCCAGAAGAAGAAGAGAAGGAAGAGAUGAAUCCACAAGGAUCUCUACCUCUGAUACAACUGCUAGAUCACAACAUGUCUUUAGAAGGAGAGAGUCAAGUGAGGAGACCUCUCUUGAAGCAUCAGAUAGCCCUCGUCGGGCUUCUGUUAGCAGACCAACACCUGCAGUAUCUGUUAUUUCUACAGCUACUGCCUCCCCACCAGAUUCAGCCCCCAGUGGGAGAAGCUCAGGAAUUCUGCCUGGUUCUCUCUUUCGCUUUGCAGUACCUCCAACAUUAGGAAGCAGUCUGUCUGACAAUCUUAUGAUAACUGUAGAUAUUAUUCCUUCUGGCUGGAAUCAGUCUGAUGGACAAGAAAGUGGCAAGUCUAAAAUACCGCCUUCAAGAGAUCCGGAAAGACUCCAGAAAAUUAAAGAAAGCCUGCUUUUAGAAGAUUCUGAAGAUGAAGAGGGUGACUUAUGCAGAAUCUGUCAGAUGUCCUCUGCAAGUUCUGACAACCUUUUAAUAGAGCCAUGCAAAUGCACUGGGAGUCUGCAGUAUGUUCACCAGGAGUGCAUGAAAAAAUGGCUACAGUCGAAGAUAAAUUCAGGUUCUUCUUUGGAAGCAGUGACGACUUGUGAAUUGUGCAAGGAGAAGUUGCAUCUUAAUCUGGAAGACUUUGACAUUCAUGAACUCUAUAGGGCACAUGCAAAUGAACAAGCAGACUAUGAAUUUAUCAGCUCUGGUCUCUACCUUGUAGUGUUGUUACACUUAUGCGAGCAGCGCUUUUCUGAUAUGUUAGGAACUGCAAAUGAGGCCAGCACACGUGUCAGAUUUAUUAACCUUGCAAGAACUCUUCAGGCACGUAUGGAAGGUAUUGAAACUUCUGAAGAUGAUUCUGAAGACUGAUGCUGGUAGAACUUUCAUACUGCAAGAAACAAACAGAAUUGCUGCAGAAAUGCUGAACUGGCAAGAAGAGUGUCAACAUGCAUUUGUUUUAUUCCUCUCUUUAGUAAAAUGCUCAUUGAAUAUUACUGUAGUUUUUGAAGCAUUGUUGAAUUCAAAAUCAACUGCUGCAUAGUGGAGCUCAGUGGACUUGAGAACUACUCAGCAUGUGUGAGGAUUAGAUACAUAGAAAGCAACUUCCCUUUUUAAAUUCUGAGGAUGUUGUGCUUUGUUUUGGAAGACAUCAGAUUCUGAAUAUUUAAGGAAGCUCUAUCUCCCUUUUGGUUUCCUUCUUACUGUAGUCAGACUUCUGGUCUGGUUUUGUCUUACCGAGUUUUGCUCCUGUACUGGCACUAAGUGGUUAUAGUGGGUUUUGGGGGAGGGUGGGGAUGCCCGUGUACUUAAAUAGGUUUUGUUUGGCUGUUCUUAAAUGCCUCUUUUGCCACAUCAUAUAACUGAUUGCUUCCAUUGUUAAUGAAUGAACGGGAGGAUAAGAUAAGCAAGAUACUGUAGAGAUUGUUUGGGUUUUGGCUUAUUUGAAGGUUAUUAUUUAACUCAAAAAGCAAUAAGAACUUGCUGUGGUCUUUUAAUACUUGGUGACGGCUUUUUUAUGUACCAGUUUGGAUAUCUGAGAUUAUAUUUGAUAUCAUGUGGCUGUUCCGUUAUGGAAUAUUGCUGGUGUAAACUCUUGCAUUUCAGCAUUCCUAGCAGAUAUGCAACUUGACAAAGACCUAUAGUUGUUUAGUUUAAUCAGACUUUUUUUAGAUCCCACCUUCACUGUUCAAAGCACUGGUUAUCAAUGUGUUUUCUAGUGUUGUCACUUCUUUAUAAAUAAAGACAAAAGAGGUAUGCAUCUCUGCUGCUAUUGUCCAUUUUAUUUAAAUGUGGAUAACUACCAGAACUUACACUUGAAAACAUAAAAAGCUGUAGUCUGUGGUAAAUCUUUACUAAUGUUUAUAAAUUCUUACCUAGCUAUUUAAGAUUGUUCUGACCAUUUUGGAUUGAAAUGCUUUCUAUAAAUGGUGGUACAACAAAUUCUUAUACAUGUA